UCAAGUUUGAAGCGUUUUUUUUUUCUCGGGCAGAAGGAAGCGUUGUAGACAGGAUGGAGGACAGGUUAGCCUCUCGCCUCGAGGAGGAGGUCUUCAACCUCGUGAGAUCACUCCCGGCUACACACGAGAUUCGAAGGCCAACCGGACCUGUCGAGGCGGCCAGCUUCAAAGCCCUCUUGGAGGAUGAGGGGAUGCCAGCUUUUCAUCCUGUAUUGUUUACCAAAGUCGUACAGCGUCUGCCUCCGGAGAAUAACUCGCGAAAAGUCGAUAUUCGAGGCUGGUUAAAGAAGCGCGGCGUAGUCUUGUCGACGCCGUCCACGUCUUCGAGUGCUGUUCCUGGUGGAGGAGCCGCUGGCGUGCGAAAGCGAGACGUGGAACAGGGAGCCGGUGAGGGUGGCAGAGUAGCAACAUUUGCGGGUGUUCGGACCGCUAAAUCAUCUUCAGCACAACGUUCGGGCGCUAGCGCUGGAGGUGCGAUCACGUCUGCGCUAAAAGCUGCAAGAGGGACGAAGUCACCCGAAAAUGCAUCGGCGCAGCCACGUUUUGACAGAAGUAGUGCAGCAGCUGGAGGUCGACUUCAACGUCAAUUGCAAGCCAAUGGGAAAGGAAUCGUAGCAGGCGAAGCUCCUUCACCUCCAGUCCAGCCUUGUAGUAGCACAGCUACGCCAGCAUCGGCAACGGCUGCAAGCAGCGCAGGCCGUUUGACGGGAGCUUUGUCAAGGGGUUCAUCAUCUUCUCGCGGAAACCGUCCAUCGACUCCGGUAAAAAUUCAGCCCAAUCCCACUCCAAUCACAAGUGCUACUCUGCGCGCUGUUGCCAAACGGCGACCACUCUCGUCAAAACUCGCAUCCGGGAAUCGAGCUGCUUAUCCUCUCGUUCCUCCAGUAGUCACAAGAAUUGGCGACGAGGCUGUUCUUGGGAAUGACGAGUCUGCGGCGAACUACCCCGGCGCACUAAUAGAGCAGGACGAGGCUUCACAAUUGAUUGCAGGCCAAACGAGAACGCAUUCUUUAGGACUGGACACGGCCGCAGCGAACAGUCUCGGAGUUCCUGAAGAGGCCUCUUUGCCAGAAAUAAUGACAAUGGAAGAGAAGUUGUCUCCGAACCCGAAGGAACUAGCCGCAGAGAUUACUGGUACAACUGGCGCUCCCCAGUCAGCUUCUGUGGCGUUCCAGGCUGAACAACAGCGACGCCCCUUCGCGCCAGCAGCAACACCGCGGUUCAUGGAGCCGCCUCUUUCCGUUGCAUCCUCCCCGGAAGCCGUGCAAGCUAGUGAAGGAAACCAGUCUUGCAUCACCUUUUCCGGAGAGGGGGAGGACAUCGGGGCUAGUGUCGAGCCUCCAGGGCUUCCACCUACAGCGACAGCAGGUGGCGUGGCAGCUACAACAAACGGAGCUAGCGCUCGAACGAAGAGCCAGCGGAUGAUGCCUUCGCCAUCCACGCCAUCGACGCCUCCGUCGAGCGCGACGAAGCAGCCGGGGCGAGGUGGCCUUCUGGCGUCCGGGUCGCCGGAGCGGCAAGUCAGUGGCGGCGCCUCCUCCUCCACCUCAAGAGCAGCUAGUUCUUCUGCCAAUGCUGGAGGGCAGCGCGUUGCACGCCAGCGGUCGGAGGAGCGCCGUCGAGAGCAGGCUGAGGAAGCUCUAUUUUACGCCAUUGCAGACGCCUGCGAAACGAAAAAACAGAUCGACGUGGGUGCGGCAUUUCUAGAGCGUGAUGUCGACUACCAAGGGUCGCUGACAGUCUCACAAACGCUCGCGCUCUUGGUGGAUCUCGGCCUGGGAGCUGAUCGAUGCGCGAUGGCCACGCUGAGGGAGGCAACCAGAGACGUGAAGGAAAUUUCGUACGUCGCGUGGGUGCAAAAAUACGGAAAAAAACGGUUGAUGGAUAAGCAGGCAGGCUUGCACAUUUUUGGUCCGUUGCCUGACACAGAGCUAUCUGAUGCUAUUCCUGCAGCUGCAGUGUCGUCGCCGCUUCUUGAUGUAGUCGAGGAAGAAAAUAUAAAGUCUCCCUCUCCACCGAGCAACAAUAAUACAAAGAGGGAUCUUCAUGAAGAAUUUAAGCAGACGUCACCUGCUUCACCACCACAACAAGGACUGAACAACGGGUCUAAGCGCAGGAAAAACGCUUCACCUCCAAAGCAGAAACAGAUGAGCUCCUUAUUAACAAAUGGUAGUAGUCGCGAUUUGGAUUUACUUUCGGCUCCUUCCUCUGCUUUCGAAGUUGCGUCUGCCUCUUCAAGUGCGGGGAUUGGGCCACCUCCGCCCUCUUCCGAAGACGAUGCAAGAGAGCUUACAACGCGAAAGAUAUCAGGGUCACAUGACGAUGCGGGGUUGAUGCUUGACGGAUUCGCCGAACUACUGCAGGCGUCGGGCAAUGCUGGCGACGGCAUCCAUCCGAUGUUUGCGGGUUCACCAAAAGCAGCAAUUGCCUCUGAAAAUUUGGACGCUGCGGCAAAUGCUGAAGCUCCCCUGUCCAGCGCAGCACUCGCGAAACGACCAGCGUCGACAAAGACAUCGCCUUCUCGACCUGCAGCAACAGUUGCGUCGAGCUCAAGCGCAGCAGGACCAUUAGUGGGCGCUGCGUCGGCUCUACUCGGAGUAGAUGGCGAUCAACUGGACAACGAAUUUAGCGGGGAAACUGGUGGCAGCGCCUUUGUGCCGCUCGAAGAGGCACAAGAUUUGCAAGAAGCUCUCCUGAGAAGCGUCGCAGAUCAGCAGCGCUCAACACCUUUCCCGUUUCUAGAAGCGUCAUCAAGUUCCUCGUCAUUCUGCCCGCCUGCGAAUGCUUUGAGUACACAAAACGCAACGUCUUUCGGUAGUACUGCCGCAUCUGGAACGCAAUCGUUGGCGUCCACAGGAAACCAGUCAGCCGCACCAAAUAGUAUCGCUGCAGCACAGACUUCGAUGGGGGCGUCGCUGAGCGGAGAGCGAAAUCUCACCGAUGCUGGAGCCGCAGGCGGACUUCCGGCGUCAGCGGUUUCUCCAUCCAUGGCUUCGCCUUCAGACCUAAGCGAGUCAACCCGACUGGGUAAUGGCACGGCCCUGCGUAACGCUGGGCAAGGUAGCGAAGAUACACCACAGCAGCCCGAGGCGAAACAGUCGCGCGUUGACCCAAGCAGGUCAUUGUUGUCCUCAGCUGCAGUGCUAGUUUUGAAUCCAGGUGGCACUUCGAGCAUGUCGCUGCUCGAGGAUGUCGACAGAUCGCUGCAAGGACGUGAGCAGGGUCCUGCUAGAAGUGGGGGUCCUUUACCACGUGCAGAGGAGGAGCCGACUUCUACAGCAGUUACCAACCUUGUCCCAGCCUCACCAGGUAGCGAUGACUUCGGUAACGACGUAGAAAUUGGAGCGGGUUCUGGGGGUCCGGCAGACGUUAUGCUGCCGGCAGGCACGGGCACUGAGCCAGAAGAGCUUGUUGCACCUACAAGACCGAUUGCUGAGAGCAGUGGCGGACAGCAACAACGGCCGCGCGCAGAGAACAGUGCAGCUCCUGUGAUCGUUUCCAUCGAUGGGCAGACGGGGCAACCGGUGCAAGCAGAGACGGGUGAGCAACCGGAGCACGAUCUUGGUGACUCGGACACGGUAGCGCCAGAAGCGGAGCUCGGCACGACAGUUAUGACAACAGCCGAGCAGGAUGCUGCAGUGAUUCUCAGCGAGGCGGCAGACGUAACCGCUGGCGGUGCUAGUGUUCCUCCCGAAAGUGCCGCGUCAACGUCUUCUGCAACAGCUCGCGUUGAGACGAAUGGCGCACCAGGUGCUUCGUCCUCUGACCCACUCAGUACAACGACGCCCGCGCUAUCGAAUAGCAUGGGAAGGUCGGCUGCCGCCGGCUCGGGUGCAGCGCAGGACAUCGACGAGGAGCACGAGGCGCACGCAACCGCGCCGCGAGAGCCGAGCGCGGGCCGCUCACCAGAUGUUUCCCCGCAAAAUGAGGAAAUUGUGGAAAGUGGUGAAGUUGGUUCAUCGAUGGCACAUGACCCAAGAAACGGCUCUCGAACAGUAGGGUUGCACACUUCUGGCACCGGCACGCCAAAUUCAGCUGCCCACUACCUGGUGAAUGCUGGUCGGCAGAUGAGUUCGGGGAGCGGCGGUCCUAACUUCAUGCAGCUUCUGACCGAGGUGGACGAAAACGAGACUGAUCGAGCUGCAGCUGCGAACACUGGGGACGCCCCCGAAGAAGUGCCAGCUCCUGAACGCGAGGUGGUCGACGUGUCCACAACGGGAGGUGCGGGAGGCACCGUGAUCGCUGCGAUGACGGCGGACGGUACGGGGGAAAGCAACCGUGUUGCACCAGGCAAUUCUGGGGAGCAGAACGGUGCGCCCCCUACUCCUGCAGACGGUCGUGCGCAGGAAGCUCCCGCUUCCUCUGGCGCGACUGAACAUAGUAGCGAACAGCAAGAUGUGAACGUCGCAUUUAGGAUCUCGUCGGACGAGAACGUGCGGGCUGGCGGUACUGCGCCGUCGGGCACGAACCGGAGAUCGGAACCGGAAUUAACGACAAUGGCGAGUAAUCCAGGGGAUACCCGUUCGCAGGAUGUAGCUGCCACCGUACUUUCGUUAUCGCCUGAGGUAGAGGCCACUGAGGCUCGAAUCGCGCAACUUCGAGAAGCGGAACACGCGCACGCAUCCACGUCCUCCUCAACGGCCGCAGCGGAAGCAAGAACAGCCGCACUGAACGCAGAUUCACCUGCAAUGCUAUCAAGUGUGAGAUGUACGGCAUCUACUUCACAGGAGAUUCUAGAGAGGGACGUGGCAGCAGCUCUCAACGCGCCUUCAGCAUCGAACCAUGACGCUGGAAAACGCGCGCCAGAGGCAGAAGGUGAGCGUGCUCCUGAGAAAGAGUUCAUGCUGGGUAUGGGUAUGCGGUUGAUAGUAACGCCACCGCCAGAACCGGAAACAGGCGAUGAAUCAGCACCAUCUCAGCAGCUGAGCGAGGCUGUCGUGGUUCCAAGUAAUGCUACUUCAUCCAAAAAUACAGAAGUACAUGGUUCGCAAGGGGGCAAGGUCAACCUCAGCGGUAACGAACAAUCUUCUCAGAGGACUCAGGUUAGAUCCGAGGCUAGCGGUCCAGCCACAUCAGCAAAAGGACAGGCGGCCGAAGGUACUUCUGUGCAGCAGCCGAUGCCAAGCUCUGCAGAGGAUGAUACAACAGGGGCUUUCUACGCUGUACCGGCAGCGCUCGACGAGCAAGCUGAAAGGGACGCUGCUUAUGCUAAGCUUUUCGAGACAGGCGUGACGUCCUCAAUGUCAAACGCACCAUCAGCUGCAGUGGUCGCAAGUGUUGCGUCUAGUUCAAAGAAUAGCUUACCACCCGUGAAUCCAAGCGAAGGAAAAACCAAGACGGUUUUUGCGACUGCAAAGUCUUCCACUGGCGAGAACGCACAAGCUUCUGCUCCGUCGGUAGUUGCUGCUUCAUCUGCCUCCCAACAAAGUGUUGUGAAAGUGACGAAAAAACCAGAGGAAACCCCUAGCGCCGCGACUGGCACGCCUGGGGGCGUCAAGAAGGCAGAUUCAGGAGAAGAAACUCCCAAGCUGCUUCGGGAUUCAAAAGAGAAUCCUUUUGCCGCUGCAGUUUCCACUGGCAAGAGCGAUGCCGUGACGUCACCUCUCGUUAUCGUGACAAGUAGUGCCACUGCCAGCAAUCCUAUUGUAACUUCAACGGCGGCGAAGAUCGCAUGUCCGGCUUCCUCGCCUGCUCCUACAUAUACGACCGCGCAGACAGCUCGCGCACCGCCACCAACGGCGGUUAAGGCCUUCGUUGGAGGUGGAAGGUCGGACUCAAAUGAUCAGAUCGCAUUGACUUUGGUAGCAAUAUCGGAAAAGCUGGACAUGCUUACCAGCGCAGGCGCCGCUUCUCAAGUGCGAGAGCAGAUUGAGGCACUAACGUUACCGCGGUCAGCGGAGGUCGCUCAGCGCGGACUGACACCUAAACUCAGUACCGCGGAGGAGCAAAAAAUCAAACAGGGUAACACUAACACUAGCACUGAGCCACCGACAAAUUCUCACUUCCCUGGAUCAGGUUCAAGAACGGGAUCCGGAGAUGCCAGAACGAACAUCACAGAUCAAGUGCCGAAGCUGUCAACGCUGCAAACGGCUUCGCCUUUACAAAAGCUGCCACUCUCGAGCCCUUCCGCUUCGGAAACACGAACGCCCGUCUUCGUCUCAGCAGCGCGCACUGUGCUCGGAAGUCGUGCGGAAACAGGCUCUACGCUCUUCACAGAGACGUUGACCGUCAGAGAAGAUAAGCAGCCUGCCUAUGCGCUCAAGAAGAGGACAAAUUCUCAAGUAAAUAAUGAUAUCAGGAGGGGACCAAACAUACAACUAGAAGACGACGGCUCGUCUGGAUCUGGUAAUUAUAAUACGGCCUUUUCCGAAUCCGAUGCUGUAAUAGCAGGGGACGAGCAUCCUUUGCAGAGUCAGUUAUCUUUGACCUGGGAUCAGACGCACAUCGCGAAUCCCAACGUCUUGAACCCUUCCCGGUUCGGACGUGAGGACCAUUUUACGCAUAGAGCGAUGAGUGUUGGGGUGCACGCCGUGGAUUUUCAAUCUCCGGUUCGAUGGGUCUCUGCGGUGCGCUUGAACCAGCUCAAGGCUUUACAAGAGGAACGGGAUCGCUCGUGGCCGCUGCUCCCCGAAAAUGAGAAGACUCUGGGACAGCAGUUGUCGCAUUUGGGCCUUUACGCUGUCUCAGGCACAAACGCAUGUUUUGUAGCCGCACUCUCAGCAUUUGCGGACAUGCCGGAACUGGUGUGGCGGGUUUUCGCGAAUUCUUUUAGAAACGGACAGCUCAUGCGUGGCAGUACAAUAUCCGGACUGCCACCGAACGCGCAAGACGCGGCGGCCGCCGGCGGUGGGGAGAACUUCUUCUUUCUGCGCUUGUACCUUCCGACAGCCGAUUUUCUGCCGGGCGAAGUAGCGAUUAAUGAUCGUGUACCGUGCUGUGCAAAGACACAAACAGACGCAGGGGACUGGCAACACUGGCGACCUUGCUUUGGUACAGCUACAGCCUAGAAAUAAUUGUAUCUGCUCUAAAUCGCGUUCGCGAGUUUCGCACUUUGGAUGCUAUCAUUGCUCCGCAGUCUGAGAAAGUGACUCAUGAUGUAGGAAAUCAUAUUUGAUCUUGAUGUUUAAGUUAAUGUUCUUCUACGAACAAAAUAUUGUAAAUUUCUUAAGUAAGUAAAAGCAGCACUCGGAGGAAAUUUAGUAGGUACUAUGACGAGAGAACGUGUUCCACCAAGACAAUCGUAACCACGAGAUCCCCACCAGAACAAACAAUGCAUCCCACCAAAUCGAUGAAUCUGGCUCGUCUUUGUUUUGAGCGUCGUACAAAUCAUCGACUCACAUGCAAACUUCUUUGUGCUCGUCGAUGGGAUGAGCUCCAUUCAUUUCUUAUAAUUAACAUUUCUUCUCUGACGAAGCCUUCUUAUGACCUACGGGUUAACUCCUCAAGUUCGCGGUUGCCUGAGCUCCGCAAGAGACAGUUUCUAUUGUGAUUGAACUAAAUGCAGUGAUUACUGCGCAUUCCUCUCUUCUCAUUUGAAGAGAUAAAGUGACUCUUUAAAGUGUUCUCAGUUGCUUCCACGAACAGAGCCCAGCGAGUUUAUCCAAUAUUUCAAUGGUAGCGGAGAGUGGUUAACGACACCACCGGUUAGUUAGCCAAAGGAAGCAACUGAGAGGAAGACUCUAUUUAGGUUUUAUUACGACAGAGAUGAAUCAACAUGGCCAUCGCGAGGAGGUGACUAAGGAAGAGUAUAAUCACCUAAGACGACGAGGCCGAGCUGAAUUCUUCAAGGGACUGCAUGGAAUGCCACAGAAGAAGGGCAACACAUUGCACGUUGAAGAAGACCAGGAGUUUCUGACCAUCGAGCAGAUUGAAACUCUAGAUGCUAAGCGGAGAAAGAAGUACUACCGCGACCCUACACGGUUUAUGAAGAAUCUGGUACGCAUUGGAGGACGAAAGCGGACACCGGAAGGCGAGAGACUAGUACCGAUCCGAGUCGUUGCGCCAGAUAUCGAGCGUGCAAUCCUGGAAGAGCAACAAGUAACACUAGCCAGUAGUUCUAGUGCCGUCAUCUCAUGCUAUAAGGAAAACCAAGCUGAAGAUGCCCAACCUGUACAAGAGGAGAACAACGCACAUGACAACAACAAGCCCGUCUCUCGAUUUGAAGACCAUUCUCGAGGACGAAGCGGAGAGGGCGGAAACAUCUUCGGAGGAAGAGGCUCUGUCUCACCAGUUGAGCAGUGAUAGCGUACUACUGUCAAAGUUAAGUAGUGAUGGGGAGGCCAGUAGCGAUGGCAUAGUGCCUCCGACACCAGUACGCAGGAAGAGACUAAAAUCAUUGUUUAAACAAGGAUGGGAUGAGUUAGGAAGUAGCAGUACGGCAAGGAACUUAACGGCUGAAUACGAAAGGGGACGUGACCACUUGAACAAAGAGCUUGCCGCACUAGAAUGCUCCGAAGAAGUACUAAGAUCAAGGAGAUUUGACAACUGGGCAGGAAGGAUCGAGAAAAGACAGUCGAAGAAAUCCCUUACGUCACCACUACAGAUCAUGAUCUAUGACUACGCUGGAUUAGCAGUACUACAUGGUCUGGGAGAGGAGCUUUUGCCGUGGUCAAGAUUUGAACAAAUCACACGCUUCUACAAUGAACUUCCUCUAGGCGGUGCCAUCUUCUCUUUUCCCACAUGGGAAUUCUGUUUGAAGGAGAAGAUCGAGGACCUGACUAGGAUCCAGAAGCUAUCGGCACGCAAUGCAGACGCACGACUUGAGCGCAUCGUUCAACUUUUGGUUACACCAGAAGGUCAUCGUCUGUUUUGGAGAGGAAAUAAAUCGCUGAUUGCUGGGGUUCUGAAGGAGCUGUCUGGUAGGCAGAAGGAACUCAGGGAUAGAAGGAAGAAGCUGAAGGGUUUUGAUAAAUAUUCGGAUCAACAUCGCAAGAAUCUGGUAGUUGACAGAUUGCUCUUGUAUUGAGCGUUGCAUUUGCACUAGUAACUUGGACAUAGACUCAUCAACUUCGGUUGAGAUCAAGGGUUACCCAUUACUGACACGACUGAUUUGCAGACAACAAGAUAGACUAACUGAUCCUACAGCCUGAGCUGUAGUGCAAUAUGUUGUAGAAACGUAAGAUAGAACGACGAAGGACGGUGCAAAACCCGUAUUACUGGGGUAACACUUCAGCAGUUAAUGAAAAUUAGUGUUAACAGAAUCGUCAAGACCGACUGACGACAGUGGAGACAUUCUGAACAAAGGCCGUCACCAGUCAUUUUACAUGUGAUAGGGACAGCUACAAUCAUUGCAUAGCAUUUUCCUGAAAUCUUUCGAGAUCUGAAUCUAAGAAUGGCAGGCAGUUGAUCGAUGCAUCCUGUCUACGUCUCCUCAAAUUUAAAUCCGAGGACAAUCCUACAUGAUCGUGCUGGUGUCCCUGAAGUAAGACGCAUAAACUAGGAGGUGAGCGCCGUAUUGUAUCAUUAGGAUUCAUGACAAAACUGAUUCUGCCAUUCUCUGUGCAAUUGUUUGACUUGUUCACGAUCCCACUGUUUUAAUGAUUUAGUGGUAGUUAAGAGCACGUUGUUCCUGGAGUACGAAUUGGUUCUCCUAUAAUAAGUGAAGAAACCCGUACUGAAAGGUUCGGAGUAGUUGAGUUGUAGGAAGCACACAUAGGUGCUAUUUGUCCGAGAUUGAUUGACCCAUCCCACCGGUUACGAACAAGUAGAAAAGGAUAGUUGGCACAAUCUCGACGACUAGAGUAAAAAUCAUACAAGUAAGAUCCUCAAGGAAAGUGUGCGUUAGUUGAAGGCGAUAACAUGACAAGGAACAACUGGUGGAAAAGGGAGAAGAAUAGAAGGAGAAACUCCUUCGAAGCACUUACUUCAAGUAGUUCGAUUGAGAACGAGCCAACUACUGCCCCACAGGACGUCAACAUGACCGGCGGAUUUCAUAGUGGAGAAAAUCAAGACGUCGGGAAUAACCCGUUCCAGCAGAACCAGCCACAAUAUGAUGCUACCGGUCGCCUUCUUCCAAUGAACAACUCCGUUUCAGGUCAUCCUGAGCAAUCCUCUGGCUCAGGAUAUCAUCCGAGUCAUCAAUUUGCUGGUGGAACUGGACAAGACUUUGGGCAGAGAGUGGAGCAAGCGAAAGGAGCUGUGAUGAACCAUAUAGCUCAAGUUGAUCAAAAGGCCGAAGAAGCGAAGAGGAUCGCAUCAACCACCAGUAAUCGCCUAGAUCUGUCACUGGCUGAACAGUAUCAAUUGAUACAGGGAGUAAAAGAGGAGGUUGCCGAGCAAAUGUCACUACUGAAGAUGACCCAAGAUGCUGUGGAUAGGGCCUAUCAGAGGAUGGAGCUUGAACUACAGCAACAGGGCGUCGAUGACCAAGGACUAGCUAUGCGUCUGGAGGAACAGCGCCGACUUAUUGGAGUUAUGGGCACGGACAUCCAGAAUGUGGGAGAUGAUGUGUUCCGACUGCAGUGCGAGGUGCGCGAAGUCAGAGACAGUUAUACUACGACCCCAGAGAUGGUUAGAAUGCUCAACGAGGCGACAGAACGAAACAUGCACCACGCUAACAAAGAGCUCCGGCAAUUCAAACAGCGUCUUGCUAACAUCGAGAGAGAUGUCACUAAGGCGAGCAACAGAAUCACCCUGCAGAGUAAGAGUCCGUCUGCUGAGCUCACUUCCCUUUUAACAGCCGAUGAACAGACCGAAGUCAAGGAGGAGAUUGCAUCGGGCGAACGUCUUCUGCUACAACAGAAAGAUAGUGAACAACUGCAAAUGAAAAAUGGACGCGUCGUGAACUGGGAACGCCAUGCCGAGCAAAUAAGACAAGAAAGACGUCAGCUACAACAAAAGUUUCAUCAUCACUACGGCGUCCCGAGUAAACUUGGAGCACUUCAUGGUGACAGACCACUAGUGCUUGGGCCAACAGUUGAGGAAGGAGCGAAGCGAAGGGAGCGCUGCUACUCCGAUGGUGGGCAUCAACCCAGAACUGGCAGUGCGUUCGGUUUCGACUCUGCAAGCGAUAUUGGUUCUGACUCCGGACGUCCUCAUGGGCGCGGAUACGACAGUGAGCAUGGUGGUUACAUCAUGAAACGCUUCCUGCGACAGGACUUCCCGCAUAGUAGAGGAAAAUCUGGGGCAGAGUACUAUGUACUGUCAGGUGACACAAACGAUGUUCAGAGUGCCACGGCUACUACAGGGCAAUCAGUACCCCAUCCAACAAAGAGCAAGGCUGUAGCAGGACGCGGUCGCGCAGAAGAACAACGUGGUUUCUCCCCAGACUCAUCAGCCUCGUACGGGACAAGCCGUACCGGUAAUACAACUGGUAGACAUGCUGACCAGAGUGGAGAUUCAUCUGUAAACCGCCGACGGAACAAGAAGAAGUCAAGACAACGGUCCCGCAACAAAAAGAAGCGUCCUAACUCCACCUCUCCAUCUCCAAACAACAACCGUAAUCGUGUGAAGAAAAGCGCGAUGGAGCAAGAUCAAUCAGGAACUCGACAACAUGGUGAUGGUCAGGGCACUUCUCGUAGGAACGAGAAGGGGCGUAGAGGUCAAUCUGGAAGAAGCGACUACGAGAACAGCCAAACUGAGGAACAACGACCAGGGCGUCAGGACGACCGUCGAGGGCGUCGCGAUUCAGGGGGCGGCAGUGGCGAUGGUGGUGACUACAAGAAAAAGAAGAAGGAUGAUGAUCAGAGUUCCGGUGACGAUCGCAAAAAGUCUAACAAGAAGAGCAAAAAGAAGAAGAAAAAGACGAAGAAAAAGAAGGGUGUGAAAGCAAGGAAGAGAGGACCACCGGGGGACUUUGAUCCAAGUUCAAGCGACUCAUCUUCUACGUCUUCCGACAGCAGCGACGAGACUGGCUACCCAGCUGGAACACCUCCACACUCAACAUCGUCUUCAUCUUCGUCGUCUGACUCGAACAAAUCUAACCAUUCUAGCUCCGAUGACAGCUUGCCAUUCGGUCAUGUAGGAAAGAAGAAGAAAAAGAGAGGAAGCAAAAAGAAAAGGGGAUUGAGAAGCAAGAACGGAGGACGUGGUAGGAGAACCAAAUCCGAAGAUAGCUCCUCUUCAUCUUCUUCUGACGCAUCUGACAAGUCAGGACGACGUCGCGGGCGUAAGAACUUUGAGCGUGAAUGGUGGAACGGAGAAGAAGGAGACGUGCAGUUUGCAUUUAAUUCGGAAGACGAAUACCAGGCCGAAAUGUAUGCUAACACUCGUAACAUAGGCGGAGACAACUAUGGUUCUCGCAGGACGAAGCGUAAGAAUCCCAAUGGAACUAUUAAAAUUGGGAAGCAUGGUGGGAUUGUUACUCAACUAGAUCCUUUCCGUAUUCCUUUGGAAUCCGAAGUACUGCGACAGGGCUACCGUGUCAGGCAGAAGCACAUCGGAAGACUGGAUGUGAAGAACCUGAUUGGUCUGCGAAAGUAUCGGGAAGAACGAUCUUUGUUUACCUGGAAAGCACACUUGGAAUCGAAGUUAAUGACAGCGAUGAGUAAGCAAGGAGUUCUGUCGAAAGAUCACGAACACACACUAGUGAAGGACUACUGGUUGGAACAAUGCCACACAGCGGAGGAACGUGCCACGAUGUAUGGUUUGAAUUUGAUCGACGACUCGAAUCCAGACACAUGGUUGAUCCACAACUACUUGGAGACUCUCCUGGAACUUGAACCAGAGAAGGCGAACAGAACAGCAGAAUACAUCAAGGAGUGGUCCAUUAGUGGUGGAGGAUGGAACAAACCAGGAGCAAAUCUGUAUCGUGAAGUUGUGCGUUUCUCUCGAGCGGCACACAGUGUGGGUUUCAAGACAAAGGCUUCCAAGCGUCGACCGGAGCGACAUCUCCUAAUUCUGCACGAAUUACUCCAGCGUGUCAAGUUGUCAGAAGCUACCAAGGAGGACAUCCUGAAGUCAUCGGGGCGUGCCUUCCUCACCUACCGGGACAUCCGUCGUUUCGCGAUACGUCAUCAAAACAUUAGAACUGCGAACUCCCUUCUUGACAUCUCGGACAAACGGCUGUUGCGUGUGCACAUGGGUGAGAUUGUUGAGGACAAAACAGGAUACUCAGAGGAUGGCGAUCAACUAGAUGUGUUUUCCGCUGCCUUCGACAAGUUUCGCGAUAAGGUCAAGCCAGCACGAGGGAAGGAGGUGUGCUACUACUGUGCAGAAGAAGGACACGUUUCAAAAGACUGUCCGGAGAAGAGAGCAGGCAAGCCACCUCGCUGUUGGCACUGUAAAAAGCCAGGACAUCAGAAGAAGGACUGCCCGCUGAAACCGGCAACGACUGUACUUGCGGUUGCUGUUCGCAAGCUGAGGCAAGUGCAGGGAAAAAUGCGUGCACAAGUGUCAGGACAAGGCGGACAACGUCGUCCCCGUUACUAUGGUUCGAACGUAAAGGCGAUGCUCACCCUAUAUGAUACGGCGGGAACGGAGGUGCAACAGAUCGGCAUCGAUGUUGAUGACUUUGAGGCAAAUCGUGUACUGACUGGUGGAGUAACGGAGCGGGAGAUCAUGGAGAUGAUACCCGAAGAACUGGAUGAUCCACUAGACUACAACCCAGACGACUUACAGUGUACCGCAGUGAUGCAGAUGCAACAACUAGAUCCCCAUGCUGCAAAUUUUGUACCUGGAAACAAUGCCAGUAGUGCUGCUACGGUACAGGGUACCUCAUCUAGAGUUGGUGACGAAAGCAGUGGUAAGACGGGUUUUUGAGGGCCCUUACUAGGGGGUCCGCGAGUAAGGGCCAAUUCUCUGAGCGGAUCACAGCAAUGCAGAUCUUCAGGAAGGAGAUAGGAAGAGGAGUAGAUAAGAUCACUGCACUUGCUGCGGGAGGACUAGAUGAGGAACAAAUGAAGAAAUGGCUGGUGGACACGGGAUUUAAUGCGUACACAUUUCUAGGAUCACGAGAAGUUGAAAGAUACAAGAAAAGAUGUCAAAGCUGUGGUCUUCUAGUAGAGGUUAAAAGAGCAAACUUCUCCGCCAAGACAGCAGGAGGCACCGCCAAGAUUUUGGGUACCGUGCCGAUUGUUUACUUUGCACCAGUUGGCUGUCCAGUACCUGCAGGAGCGGUUGAAGGCGUGGUCAUAGACGACGGCAACUGGCCGGUCGAAGCGAGCAAGCUGAUUGGGCUGGCUCUACAGAUAGAUUUGAAGAUCGAUAUUUUGAACUCACAGGAACGACUCGUCUGCGGAAGCUAUGUCGGUAGGCAAGUAAAGAAACAGUACUUCCUCAACCUGUGGGAACGCGUAGAUGAAAGAUUUUUGGAAUUGGUAGCUGAUGGCGUGAACAACAGGGGUUUGCCACUUUCCGCAUCAGCAAAAUUGGCAGCGGCAGAGCUUGCUGCACCACAAGAACGAAUGAGUAAGAGUAUUGAAUUCGUAAUCGAUCCAAAUAACAACGAGUCUUCUAGUGGUACGAUUGGCGAACAGAAAAGUAUCCAGCUAAUCAAGAUCGAGGCCACUACUGUUGGACAAAUUUUUCAAGACGACCUGGGUGCUGACUGGCAGUCUGAGUCAUGGUGUGCGUACAUGAAAACUAUUCUUGGCACCAAUGAAAUAUCAGUAUCAAGCCGCAAUGACGAUAAGGCAUCAAUUCGCGUCGUUCGAGACCUUGACAACAUCUACAAGCGUUACUCCAUUCACCACGACUUUCGCGAUUUCAUGAAGAGGGCGCGACUGCCUGAAUUGAUACCAUUAGCAGGCGAGAGCCACGUGAAUCUAGUGGAAAUCUACUACUUUAGAGGUAUUGACGUGGUGGAGGCGGCAAUGCCAAUCUGCAGCGUCGACUUGAUUGGAGUGCCAAUUGUUGAACAGAAGAAGAAUGGUGAACCAUUGAGACCAUUCUUCCGGGCUACCGAGACGCCCACCAGUCUACAUACAUACUCGGCGUGUGGUUUCCAGCGACAAAGGGAAACAAGUUCCACUUCUUCUCCGAGGGAAGGCCGUUCGAUUUGAAGUACCAAAGGAGAUCGAGGAUGUAGUAGAAGAAGGUCUUACUGGUAUUAGCUGUCGAGUACAGCAAAAGAUCAGUGGUCACCCAGACUUCCCGCGUUUUGCGAAGUCAGUUGUCGACUUCUUGGCGACCCAUAAAACCGCAGUGGCGGUGGUGAGCGGCUGUGGACAUGGGGCAGCAGUUGCGUGUGCGGAGCUGAUUGCUGAAGAGAUGAAGCUGCGUGAUCAACGUCGUCCGGUGCAUUUCUCUUUAGUCUCGUCACUAGCGGCAAGCGGGAAUCGUUGUACAUCAAACGGCCGAAUUGUGAAAACUGGAGUCGGCAGUGUUAGUGCAGGCCAAGAUGAACUAGAUGGGAAGAACUGGACCAUUCCAUCAGAUCCACGGAGGAAGAUGAAUAGACGUCAGCGAGAGUUGUGCAACCAGCUUGCAGCAUUUACACAACGACAAGUCGGCAGGACACCGAAGAAGAUGCUCGAGCAGGUCGUUAGAAAGCAAUUUCGUGGAGUCUCAGCAGAGGACGCGCGAAUUGCUAUCGAGGGAGUCCUGAGAAGGAGUCUAACGGCAUACCGGUACACUGCAUGGCCGAUCCAUAAGUCUAUCGGUUCGUGGAACGCAGUUGAUGUCACAGCCGUUUCAAUGCUGGACACGACCUUCGCUAGUGCGUCACUGAUGAUAACGCCAGGAGCUGUUGUACAACUUGUGCGCAAGGUGACGAACGAUACGUGGGGAGAAUACACGGGGGACAAGUUUCUCAAGGUGAAGUACGGUGGAGCAGCUGGUGAUCAGGAUCCCGUCGAACCAGAUGAGUACGUGAAUGCGCUGGAGAACGAAGGAGCACGAGAACGAGUUGCUGCUGCAAAAAGAGAAGCGCGAGAGCUCGGUGAUGAAGAGGAGGACGAAGAGGAAGAUGAUGAGGAGAGCAAGAAAGGAAGGGGUUACCCUAACAAGAAGGCCGUCAUAGGCUUCGUCUCGAGAAACAUCGACAACAUCGGGAGAAUUCUGGUGCUGGACCCAGGGCGUGAAAACAUCUCCCGGGAGCUUGUGCUAGUACUUCUGGGAGUGGGCAUACGGGUCAUGAUUGUGACUAUUAAUUCGCCACGGGCACUGAGUGAGGCCGAAGUGAGCAAUCUGCACCUGAAGACAGAACUGCAUAUCAUGCAGAAGCAUCCUCUUCUUCGACAUCUACCACUGAGUGUACAAGUACCGUUGGCAACAUGGUCGCGUCGGGAUCGAAAUCAGUGGAGAUCGUUUCUAGAACACGGCGACCAAUGGCGAAUACACGGGAAGUACGAGGCGCCAGGGACUGACUCAUUGCAGUUUUGGGACGUAGGAGCAGCCAAGAAAAGCCAGCUUUUGAGGGCCGAGCACCGUGAAGCCAUGAGAAUGUGCCGUAGUGAAGCGAUGCUCGAUGCGAACCUGCAUGCAGCAUUACGCGAGUUGCGACGACGGAUCACCACCGACACACAUGGUUUUGUCCCGGCUGUAGGGGACCUAGUCGAGUGGAAGGACAAGGACAACAAGUCUCGUGCGGCAACCUUCCAAGGACAAAGUGAAAACGGCGCCAAGUACAUCUUGAAGCCACUGAGUGGCACAACAGCGAGACAGUAUGUGAAAAGAGGACUGGUUUUGCCGGUGGUGGACUCGGAACGAUUGGCAUGCAUGCCGCUGACAACAGAGAUCACAGCUUCUGACUUACCACAUCUCGAUGACCUCUGCGAUCAAGCGAGGAAUGGUGACCUGGUGCAGCGAGUGCAUGGGAAGAAGAGCUCGACCUCAAGCAAGUUGGUAUCUUGUCUUGACUGCGCCGAGGCGCGGUAUGUCGAUCCAACCUUUCCGGCGAACGAGACGCGCUGCGUGCAUCUACUUCCUCAGGUCAUAUGCGGUGACUAUUCAGACGAUGCGCUAUCACUGGGAGGAACUUGGAUAAGUGAGAAACGUUUGAAUCCAAUCCAUUCCGACUUGACUAUGUACCAACAACAAGCCGAGGUGGAUGAAGAAGGAGGAACGGGGAAUGAUGUUGAUCCUGGAGAAGCGGCCGAUGUUGAUGGUGAUGGUGUAGUUGAAGGAUUGGGGAUCCCUGAUGCCGUUGUUACUUUUGGUGGAGAAGAGGUCAUAGAGUUUGCACCAGACUUCGAGCUGGACAGUGGCUCGGAAGAAGUCGGGAGAGGAGACGAGGAUGGUGCUGAGGAGGAUACAGAAGCACAGAGCGCUGAUAUGGAGAUGACUGCGUACACGGUUGAGGAGGGAUUAGUUCCGGACGUUAGUGAAAGUACAGGCAAGAGGGACUCUACACAUACAUCGGCGGAAGAACCUGCUCGAGAAACUGAUAGUCACUUCGUUAAAGGAUCAAAGAAACAUCAGCGUCGUGUUCGUUUUGCCUUGCCGAAGACUGUGAACACUGGAACAAAUAGCAGAAGGCGAUGUAGUAAGCGCAGGAUGAUAAAGAUCAAAGGGCAGUGGCGUCGGGUUGACGAUUUGGAAGCAGCAUGGCGUGCUGCUGGUGUCAACAUGGUAGACAUUAAUGAGGAGCAGUUCAGCAAGAUGUGCGAACAUGUUGAAGCACAAUUGAUGGAGAUGAAGCUUGAGAAACCAACCACCACUAGAUCGACUGCAACUUGGGAAGCCACACAGGACAACGUGCUGGGGAUUCCAGUUGAGAAGGACAGCAGGUCACUUGGGACUAUUGUCCGUCGUCUUUUCGAGAUACGUGCUAAGGGCGCACAUGUUGAGACAUCAGAGUUCGCGACACUGGUGAACUAUCUCCGCGACACACCAAUCGACGGACAUUGGGUGAAGCCAAAAUGGCUUUGCGAUGAGAUCUCAAUAGUGUGGGGAUGCGCAGCGAGCAAGAAGUAUGACCUGUCGAACUCACUACAUGAAGAUAGAACAUCUACCGGCUUUUAUUUUGAAGAAGGAGGGCGCGAAGGAUCAGUGAAGAUGUGUAAGGAGUGGCCACCAAAGACCAUGGGAGCACUACGCUUUGAAUUUGCGCGCACAUUCGCGGCUGACUCUGGUAAGCCAGAAAGUCGAGUGAUGUCGAUCCAUUCAGAUGGGUUUACCGCGGCAAUGCGAAAGCGACUGAGGUCUGCAAGGAAAUUGCCAGACAUGACUCCCGCCACCGCGAUCUCACAGCUGCAGGCGAAAGAGCACAUUGCUUACGCAAUAGCAAAGGAGCUGAAAGGAACGCUAACUCCACAGAAUGGCGAGAAGAUGGCGAAUGUGCUGAAAGAGGAGGGUAAGGAGUGGAAGUCAGGAGGACAACGCGAAAAGGAGUUGCUCACAAGUCGUUUCAUCAUUGACAUCAAGUAUGAGGAUGAAUACAAUGUGGUGAUUAAGUGCCGAUGGGCACCAGGUGGUCAUCUGCAAGAAAGACCCACAGAGCGGUCAGAAAACGCAUCACCUACGCUUGCACCUCUAGAACUACGCAUCAUGUCCCUACUUGCUGGCGCUUUUGCGAAAUGCUUUGUCGAGUUCUUCGACGUACCACGGGCAUUCAACAUCAGUGAACCAUACGCGGAGAAGGACAUGCCUCGGAUGCGGUUUCCUGGCUGUGGCGAUGGUGAAUUCGGAGAAAGUUUUCAGAAAGCACUGAACAUCGUGAACAACGAAAACGGGUUGAAGUAUGCGAAACAGGACAGACUUGGAAUUAGGGUGCCACAAUAUGGUCUCCUGGAUGCUUCUUACGCGUUUUACUCAAAAAGCCGAACUGAGCUGACGCGGGAUCAGUGCGUUCCGGCAUCGCUAUCGCCAACUGUCUAUCGAGUUCUCGGAGAGAAAGGCCGAGUUAUUGCGUAUCUUGGUUCACAUGUAGACGACUUCAUGGUCAUCGGCGACGCGACAGUUGCUGGAGCACAAGAAAGCAUCCACUCGCGAAUGCGGCGCGCUUUCCGAUCGUUGCAGGAGGAGAACUUCGUGAAAGUAGGCAGCGACUGGGAGUCCUUCACCGGGAAGAUGGUGCGGUUGGUGGAGGAUAGUGAAGGGAAGCAAGCGUUGGACAUCAGUCUACACGAAAAAAUUAGGGAGCUGAAUGAGUGGAAGACUGACGAGGAGGCAGCAGGAGGCAUCUGUCAUGAUGGCAGUCGUCUUUUGACGGCAACUGAGGUCACCAGACUGAAGGGGACACGAGGAUCUACUGGAUGGAUAGCCGAAUGGGCAUGUGAUUUCUUGUACGAACAGAGAACGCUUAGUAGUGGAAACGAUGCCGACCGUGAUGUGAAUAAUGCUAAGCGGAUUAAUAGCAUGGUGCAGUCCAUGAAGAAGCUGCAGGAUGAAGUCUAUAUUCGGCUAUGGCUGAGUAUCAAGGAUCCAGUGAUUUUACAGUUUUCAGACGGUAGUUUUCAGAGCCGGCCAGUCAAGGUAGAACGCGAGGACAAGACGAAAAACAACAAAGGGAUGGCAGAAUACCUUCCAGCCGGUAGCGAUGCUCUAGCACAGGCACGCGCUGACGGAAUGCGACCGAUGGUUGCUUGCACGAUACUCGCCUGUGACAGGAGCGAGCUGAGCAAGGCUAUCGAGACCGAGAAACCAUUAAGGACGACGAUGUUAGAUUGGUUCGUUGAGGUAGUGGACACUGCGGCUACGGGGUCAUACGGGGCCGAAGCGCUAGGUUAUGAUCGAGCUAGUCAGCGUACCGAGCAAGUGAAGACCAAGGUUGCCGACAUGACUCUUCUCGUACCCGGCGGACUAAUAACAAAGGACGUAACCGACUUUGCAGAUGCGAUGCAACAGCACGACUUUGUCGAUAAUGCCGGACUAAUCGCGAGGCUCCUUUCCAGAACUGCAGGACUCGAAACGGAUGCCGCCGUCUUUAAAGCAAUAACCAGAAGCAAGCAACUACUUCACCGCUCGAAAAAGUCACUGAUACACACAUCUGACCCUUCGAACAUGUCAGACACCAUGACGAAGUUCUUCGCAUCAUGUAACAAGAAGCGAGAGAAGUUCCGUGAACUGAUGCGUGGCCAUUUCCACUGGGUCACCGGUCCGGGAGACAAACGCGGAGAUGGAAUCGGCGUACUUAGGGAGCUACAGAAAAGGGAUAUCGUUUGGCAAGGAGGAGCUGAGAAUGAAGAACAUACUCCGGGAAGUGUGCAAACCACGAUCCAGACAGUAGAGGUUUUUCUGUGAGUAGACCGACUAGCGGUAACGUCUAAGGUGGGGACUCGUUUAGAAAGGUAACACUUGGUAUGAAAUAGAAUCUUCUUUAGUAUGGUAUUCAGAGUAACGCUCUUCUCGUCACUCUAAGACCGGGGAAUUGUAAAUUUCUUAAGUAAGUAAAAGCAGCACUCGGAGGAAAUUUAGUAGGUACUAUGACGAGAGAACGUGUUCCACCAAGACAAUCGUAGCCACGAGAUCCCCACCAGAACAAACAAUGCAUCCCACCAAAUCGAUGAAUCUGGCUCGUCUUUGUUUUGAGCGUCGUACAAAUCAUCGACUCACAUGCAAACUUCUUUGUGCUCGUCGAUGGGAUGAGCUCCAUUCAUUUCUUAUAAUUAACAUUUCUUCUCUGACGAAGCCUUCUUAUGACCUACGGGUUAACUCCUCAAGUUCGCGGUUGCCUGAGCUCCGCAAGAGACAGUUUCUAUUGUGAUUGAACUAAUUGCAGUGAUUACUGCGCAUUCCUCUCUUCUCAUUUGAAGAGAUAAAAUGAUUCUUUAAAGUGUUCUCAGUUGCUUCCACGAACAGAGCCCAACGAGUUUAUCCAAUAUUUCAAUAUUUAUAUUAAUAUUAAGUACUCAUUUACAACAGGUCGUUACAGCGGCGCCUUGUGGCCUUAUUUGCUUGAAAAGGCGCUGGGUAAGUUGUUUGGGACUUAUGGAAUGCUGAACGGCGUAUCUGCUUGUCUUAUCUGGUCCAUUUUGUCGGGCGUCUCAGGCUAUCAAGUCUUUUUCCCAUGGGCACGCAAACAAUCCAACCUCGUUGACACUUGGGGCGAAGGCCAUCUAGGAUCAGACAGUCACUUUGCCGAAUGCACCUUCUGGGACGUAAGCCUUUGAAGAUAAAACACAAGGAGCAAAAACCAAGUAGAAUUAGAGGCUCAUCAUGUUUACAGAUCUAUUUCUAUCUUUUUCAGCUUCGAGCCCCAGCCUACACCUACUUAAAGUUCAGCCCAUGCGCAUGCGGAUGUUCGCAAGCUUCGGCUACGCUUUCGUCUUAUUUUUCCUGUGGCGACAAGAAUACGAAUAACUCCGAUCAAUAUCUAUAAAGAAUUAGAAGUCCUCCAAAACCAAAUGUGUGACUGUGACUCUCACAGAUGCACACUGAACAAUCACACCAGCAGGUCUCGGAGAAUGCAGUUACGUCCGAUUCUGUCUGGGAGUCCCUGAAAAACUUGACGAAUGAGGGCCACAUUGUCGCUUGCAACUUCAUACCAGUAGCAGAAGACUCAAAUGCUAGCGCUUUUGGACUCCUGGCUCAUCAGCUGUACAGCAUAAUCGAUUGCAAGGACAUCGUCAGCGGGCAAGAGCGCCACCGUUUGUUGAAGGUAGAAAAGUAAUUCGAAGUGUUAAAAGUUGAAUUUUGAGUUCUUCACCUAGUGCUGAAUGUUGUAUCCGCGUAUCGAGAACGAGAGCAGCUAGACUUCCUGGUAAUUUUGCGUGGUCGACGACGGAGCUAAUUCACACAGUCGUGGACACCUUCUUCAGCUCGUUGUAACAUAAAACAGGAAUAGGAAAUACAACAACGUUACUCUUUCUCUUUCUCUUCUGUGUUCUUACAUGUUCAUGGAAACUAGAGCCACGACUUCUUCAGUAUUAUCAUCUUUCGGACGACUUCUCCAUUCGCAAACACUCCUUCAUUCCUAGAUCCGCAACCCGUUUUACAUGUUUGAACCGUUUACGGGCUCGCUUUCGCGCGAGGAUGAAUGGACGAAGCUUGGUCGCGAAGUGACACGACAUUGCAAGGUUGGUGUGUCUUUUCAAGGCGAGGAAGAGAUAGGUGCUUUCCUGGAACAGGUCAAUGAUCCCACAAUUUUUUGGUUCACCUGGGCUGAGUUUCAGACUCUUGUUUACACAGUUGUCUACUCGGAGUUCCCACUUGCUUUGGACGAAGCGCGCAGAGGGGCAAAGGUAUUCGUGCUAUAAACUUAGCGUAUUAACUUCAACGCAACUAGAUCUAGAGAUGCUAGAGUGCUUGCUUCAGCAAGAGCGGCAAGUGAGUAGAGGCUUUACUGGGUGGAGUACAACGAGUAGUUAAAUUUCAGAACAUCACUUGGAAAUGGAUGUUUGUAUGAUUCAAUCAUCGAUUUUGAUCCAGACGUAUGAAAGACAAAGAUGGUCACGAGGACUUCCUUGAUAGAUAAAAUCAACAAAUACAACAGUUUCGAACAACCGCGAUGUUGGAGAAGACCAGCUUUGCGGCCGUGGGUCCUAGCGCCCCAUCGACCAACAAAAGUGUGAGGUUUUCGGCAAGACCAUCGUCAUCAUGUGGUUACGACAGCGUUACUCAACUGGGUGAAACACUCAAAUUCGGGAACUCCUCACAAUUCCGCAACGUAGCCAACCAUGCUGGUACAGGGCACUUGUCCCCUCCUGCUGGCCUCCGCAUGUCCGGCAUCGGCGGUGCCGGCACUACCACUCCGUCAUUUCUGCAACAGCAGCGCGAGCGCCUGCAUGCUAUCGGAGCUUCUGGAGGUGCGGGGGGAUCCGUAAAUAAUCAGAGGAGCAGCGCUGACUCUGUUUCGCCAACGACCUCCCCAUCCGGAAAGCUGUACCGGGAAGCUUUGCGAUUUUCAUCCGGGUCCAAUCAUGGUGGAGUCAGUACCCUUGGAGGAGGCGCGGUCGUGGCUGGUGCCACACCUGUUUCGUAUCCAAGUUUCGCCCCGAACCCCAAUCGAUCGCCAGCACGAUUGCCCGGGCUGUACACCACGCCAAACCUAAAGCAAAACGUGUUCAACAUGAAUUCCGGUCAGCAACUUCCGAUUUCGGUUGGGGUACUGCCGCAACCACCGCCGCCAGCACACGAAAGUGCAGCUGCUUCAGUGUCGUACUCCCAGCAAGUGCAAAACCUACUAUUUGGCGGUAGUGCAGGAGUAAACGCGUCUACAGAUGUCGCUUCAAAGAUAUCACCGCCGUCUCUGACCGAACUCGCAGAUGCAGGUGCUUCGACUCCAGCAUUUGCGAGUAAGAGCCCAGCGGCCGAGGUGAAACCCCCGACGCAGUAUCCUGUGUUACGUUCGCCAUCGGACGCAGGGUAUACUGAGGCUGACGACGGGUCACCAUCCGCACCACCUGCCGACGACCACGAGGUCGGCAUGCUCCCAUUACUGGGUUCUUCCUCAUCUACGAGAGACCGACUUGGCGCUGACAGACCCUCCUACACUAGCGCAGCGGUACAGCAGCGAGUUUUUCCUAGCGCGACGGCGUCGGCAGCUGCUGCACGGACCGUAGCAUUUGCUAAGGACGCUUACCGUUCCAGUGUCCAAAGAGCACGUAAUUUCCCGGGUGACUACAGCACAGAAGUACAAAACGAGAUAAAAACGGGUGAAGAGGCGAAUGCUCCAUCGUCAUGGGACGAGAAGGUGAAAAGUGUAGUGCCAUCAUUUUUGACUGCAAAUAUUGACCUGCGUGCUGCAACAACAGCCUCCUUUUCACGCCCGCAGGUGCGAAUUGCGGCCACUAGUGAGUUAUCACCAACACACAUCACAGCUGUGCCUUCGUUUGCGAGAGCAGCGCCAGAUGGUAGACUGUCCCCACCCAAGUCCAUGAGAGUACAAGCAAUGCCGCUGUGGAUGCAGUGUGCGUUGAGCACAACACGCAAGAGCCUUGUGCGCGCUGCGGCGCGUCGCUCUGGGUCACCCAAUCUUCGCAGCUCUUCUUCUGCAAUCGGACAAGGAACACCAUCCUCCUAUGAACUGGAUUCGGUUAUGAAGCUGGCGUUAUAUCACGACCUGUGCCGGUCCAAUCGACAGGGGGUAGGCAUCGACCAACUAAGAUUCCAAAGUCUCGUGUCGAAACAUAAUCCGAGCCUCUCAGAUCCUGACCUCGACGAACUUUGGCGCGCCUGCGAUCGUGACGGUGAUGACAUGCUGAACUAUACCGAGUUCGCAGCUGUUUUUUAGUAAAAAAGCCUAAAGUUUUUAGCUACAGUUACAACUACGCCUCAUGAACGUGAAGCUCUUCGUCAACAAAAAUUACAUCAAGGAUUUGGGGCUGAAGAAAACUCUGACCUACUUCUGGUUACAAACAUUACAAAGCGAAAAUAAGGGACUCCUAAGUUGUAAAUUAUGAUGGGUACUAUGCCGGGCUAAUUUGACAAGAAAUCCAUAAUGGACUAAGCGUACUUAGUAUAAGCAAGCAUCGGAACUGUUUUUUUGUUUUUAGAGUCCUUUUUUGUACAGUUUUCAGAUUUUCGAUUAAUGUCGAAAUGUUAUGAGUUGUCAGGAUCAGUUUCAGUUGUUUUUGGAUGGCACAUGAUUAUUGAUGAGUUCUAGUCGAGUUAGAGACCGACUUUUCUCCGUAAGCGCAUUGCAAUGAGUUCUUUUCUUCGAUUCGCGCGUUUUCGCAGAGCUAUUUUUUUUCUGUCUAUUAAGCAAAAAUAGAAUUGGGAUGUUUAAUAUUGUAUGUUUGUAGGUUGAUGAUGAUCUUCGUGAUAGAUAAUCAUGGAUGAUUCUUCAGGAUUACAAAUGAGACCCUAUCAGUUUUUCUAUAUUAUAAUGUCUUUCAUUCAAUACUAGUGCGAAAGCCGAGCUGCAUCAAGCACAAGUGGUGAUACCAAUUAUAACGCGGUGCGAUAGAAGCUUGCAAGUCCUGUAAAGAAGAAGAAAGUCUUAAGUUCAAACAACUUUCUCACAAAGGAUGACGAUGAAUUGCAAUGGGAGUCCUUCUUGGAUCAUGAAGUGAAUCUAUCAGACGCGCAAAGUAAGAAAGGGUAUUGAAAAUCUCUUUAGGAGGUAUCAAUAGGUAUAGGUAGUUAGAGUUUCACUUGCUCUUACAGUUACAGUAGACAGAACAAUUUUCUUCUUCGAUUUCAGGUUUUUUUUCAGCAAUCUGAAUUUGUGUUUAAUACUGAUAAAGAUGAAUAUCAUGGAUUCUUUCAUCUCUAUGCGACAUGGGCGUUGUAAAUUGAUGCAGAAGUAGCUGCUUGACACUCAGUUCCCCUGCAGCAGCGGUUGCUCGUGAUGUUUAACCGUCGUUGAGAUUGACAGCUUCUUCUUGGUUGAUCUUUUCAUCUGUCGAGAAAUUCGGCGAUCGAGGACGUAUUCUACUCCUAUUUCAGCAGGAUCCAGUUGUAGAAGAGAUUACUCUUGUUUGACUCCAUCUCCA